ACUCAUAUACAGGGAACGCCACAUUUCAUCAUAUCAUCACCAUCAAGCAUCCACCUUACCCAGAAAUUUACAUUAGCCAAAAUGCAUUUCUUGUGUCCAAUCUUCAUCAUCGCUUUUUUCUUUACACUUUCGUCUUCUGCCCAAAACACUAGCGCGGUUCCGACAGGACCUGACCUCAAAGAACUCCCCAGUUGCGCUGUAAGCCCCCCCCCCCCUUCGAAUCCCCAUACACUCCUAUCCUCACAAACACCCUCCGAAACAGGUCGCCUGCUCGGUAAACGCCUUCGCCUCCAUGUCUGGCUGCCAACCCGACGACUACCCAUGUAUGUGCCGCAAUCAAAAUUUCGUCAAUACCAUCGGCACCUGCAUGGGGAAGAGUUGCAGUGGUGAAGAUUUGAAAAGUUGCGCCUCCUCCCCCCUUCUCCCUUCCGCCUCUCUUUCCCUUUCUCUCCGUUUCAUGCAAUAGCGGGUGCUAACCAGAUUCAAAAACACACAGAAGCAACCGCUUUUGCAAAGAGUAUGUGUGGAUCCGCGGUUCCUACUGAGGUCUCUGGGGACGGUGUCGGAGGAUCUGCUAAUGCCACUGCUACUAUUUCAACCACUGCCACAUCUGGUACUGCCACUACUACCGCUGCCAAGGCUACCACGACUACAGGAGCGCCGAACUCGGCUGCUGGGAUUAGGCCGGAUGGAUUUGCGCUUGGGGCUGGGUUGCUCGCUUUUCUAGCUUUGUGAG